AUGGAGACUUCGCAGCUCAAGCGGGCAGAAAUCGGGAAGACGCUGGAUGCUCUAGAAAGCAGAAUGUUCGCAUCGGCUUUCGGUGCGAACAUGCGUGCACGGCCGAUGACGAUUGACGCAUUAAUGGACUCACCUGAGCAUAAUUUAGCUGCGCUUCCGUCGAGUUCGCGCGCGACCGAUCUUAAAGAGUCGGUGUUUGUGUCACUCGCGCCGGACGUGGACAGGCGCCGCUGCAUCAGCUCAGACAGGCGCCAACUCCGGCUGGUGCUGCAGCUGGACGCCCUUCGGCUCCAGCACACCCGAUGCAAGCUCCAGUGA